UCAACCGGAAGAAGUUCCUCCGUUGCCGUGUUGCCACUGGUCUCUGGUCCUCGUCUUCACACAGAGCAGAGAGUAAACUCCUGUCCAGUGUUCAGGAUGCCUUUCGUCGACCUGCAGAGUAACCUGCCAGCCAGCUCCUUCUCCGAGGAGUUUGUUCAGAAGCUGUGCAACAGCAUCGCAGCUGCUCUGGGAAAACCUCAGGACAGGAUGAAUGUUGUGGUGAACCCUGGGCUGACAAUGCUGAUAGCAGGCUCUUUCUCUCCAUGUGUGAUGCUGUCAGUGUCUGCCAUUGGUGUGACUGACACUGCUGAGAAGAACAAGGAGCACAGUGCAAAGAUCUUUGAGUUUCUGACCAGAGAACUCAGUCUGCCUGAGGACAGGAUUGUUAUUCAGUUCCACGCGCUGCAGCCUCACCAGGUCGGGAAGAAGGGAACCGUGAUGAGCUUCUUGUGAGGAACGCCUUCCUUUCUGAUACAGCUCAGUCUCACUCCUAGAAGAAGAUGUCGUAGACCGAUGAUAUCAGUAUCAAUCACAGACUAAAGUAAUGAUAGUCACCUGUAUUUUCAUGUAGUAUCCAGGUCCAGUAUCUCGACCAUGUGAUACACACAGAAGCUGUACCAUUCCUGAAAUCACUUGUACCAUACUGGAACCAGUUAAUGGAAUAAAACAUGUCACUAUUUUUA